UUAAUGACCGUGACAAGCCGUGUGUUGCUAAUGAAUAACGCAGCUGCAGGUCCGACACGCCCAGGUUGUCCGCAGUAACACGCGUGAACUUUGACCACGGUAGAAAGUCUCGGUCUGGUUGAGGAUCCUGUGUGGGAACAAGCUGAUCGGAAGCAUUCAGCAUGGUUUGGCCUUUCAUCCUCUGGGCCGUGCUGCACGCUGCGGCCCCGUGCUCGGCUCACAAAGGUGCGCGUGCGGCCAGGGGGUCUGUGUCGGUGACGCUGCAGCCGUGGUUGACGGGUCUGACAGCCGUGGUUGUCUUCCUCUUCCUUGUCUUCGUCAUCGUCGUCGUCAGAAGACUGCUGCAGAAGAACAGGCGGGAGGAAGACAAGCAGGAGGAAAUGUUUGGAUGCGAGAACAAGGUUGUGGAGAUGGAGGAAGAUGACGUUACACACACCUACUUUUAGGAGCAGUGGAAGAGUUUUGGUUGUGAGCUGACUGACAAAUCAAUAAAGUACUAUCUAUCUAUCUAUAUCUAUAUCUAUAUCUAUCUAUCUAUCUAUCUAUCUAUCUAUCUAUCUAUCUAUCUAUCUAUCUAUCUAUCUAUCUAUCUAUCUAUCUAUCUAUCUAUCUAUCUAUCUAUCUAUCUAUCUAUCUAUCUAUCUAUCUAUCUAUCUAUCUAUCUAUCUAUCUAUCUAUCUAUCUAUCCACUGACCAGCUUUCUUUCAUAAACAUUGUUCAUGAUGAUGGUGAAUAUUAGUAUAUAGUUUUAUCCGCCUUAUUCCAAAAUGGAAUCAGCUCAUUUUAUUCCUCAUAAUUCUCCACAAUGACAACAUGAAACACAUUUUUGGUGAUUUUUGCAAAUGUGUUCAAAUAAAUAAAUAAGACAUCAUGUGAGUA